CGUUGUCAGAAGGCUUCAUUCCGAGUGCGUUACGGCUCCAACUACUUCCUUGAAGAACCAGUUUCAACUUAAUUCAGUGUCACUCAUUGUUUUGCAUCGCUCACGUCCAGCUCUUUCGUUUAUUCGAUUCGGUGGCUCAUCCGUCUCUUGGUUACAGGUGCGCCGACCCGCCAAAUUCACAUCAACUCGUGCCAUUUCGCUGCGCCCUUCUUCCCUCCAAGCCGAGAAGAGAUUGGAAAAGCUGUCUUUUCCUUGACAACAGUAAAAGUCGUUUGCGCGGGAAGGCUGCUCCGCUACACUACAACUAUCUAGCAUGCAUCACUUUCGAUCACAAAAGUCGACCAAUCCGGCCCUCACAUCGAAUCACAAAAUGAAAUCGAACACUGCCGACAUUUUCUUUGUCAGCACACCUCAGGUAGCUGCCGUCAUUCGACCGAAUAAAUCAAUGCCCGAUACCGGGGCUCAGGACGGAGACGACGAUGAUCUCCGAAAAGUCAAGCGUACCGCGUCCGGUGGUCUUUUCUUUCGACGCAAACGGUCGGCGGAAGAACAAGAGGCAAUCAGCAAAGUCCGUGCCCGAGAGCUUGCGGCUUUCUACGAACUAAGCGAUCACAAAGAAACAUCGCUAAAGAAGCAAGCCAACACGGCAAAAAGCGCCACUACGAUACCGAAAAUCAGCAACGUCUUGAGCGCCAAGCAGGCGGUAUUCGUCUACGCCGAAAAGCAAAAAGCAUCGUCCCGGCUAUCGUCCAAACAGACAUCGAUCGAGGGCGAUUCGGAACGACGCAUCGAGCUGCCGGACGAGUCUGUGACACGCAAUAUAUUUCGUAGCAAACAUUCCGAAACGACAAAGACUCCGGGCUCGAGCAAGACCUGCCAGAAGAAAGCCGUGGCCACGAUAUCUCUCGGCAAAAAACGUUAUUCGUCAUCGUCGACGGAAAAGCUGGUCGAAAACGUGUCGAUCAAGAACGCCUGGUUCUCCAAACUUUCUCUAUCGGAGGAGGUAGCGGAAGACAUCGAGAUCGAUCCUACCCUGUCGCCUUCGUCCUCAAGAUACUCGGUGGCCGAGACCGAAGCCGAGACGCCGAGUCCCCGUGCCUUGAAGGCCGCGAAUGGACAGGUCUACGAGAAGGUGUUCAACUUCUGUUGAAAAGGCCGCCGGCGAAGCAACGUUCAUAUUAAAUACCCAGCUCGGACACUUGUGAUAGGCUUUACCGCCGUCUC